UUGUACAUUUACAGACAUACUGAGAGCGAGAGGUAUAAGAGUGAGGCAGACACCAGCUUCAAGCACUACCAGCUGCGCAGCAUGAAGUCCUACUUCGCGGUCAACCAGAAUCCGGACGCCAAGGAUUUGAAGCAGUUGGCGCAGAAGACGGGGCUUUCCAAGAGGGUGUUAAAGGUAUACUUGUACACUUACAGACAUACUGAGAGCCAGAGGUAUAAGAGUGAGAAAGACACCAGCUUCAAGCACUACCAGCUGCGCGGCAUGAAGUCCUACUUCGCCGUCAACCAGAAUCCGGACGCGAAGAAUUUGAAGCAGUUGGCGCAGAAGACGGGGCUUUCCAAGAGGGUGUUAAAGGUAUACUUGUACACUCACAGACAUAUUGAGAGCGAGAAGUCCGUAAGAGUGAGACAGACACCAACUUCAAGUAACACCAGACAUACUGAGAGCGAGAGGUGUAAGAGUGGGACAGACACCAGCUUCAAGCACCACCAGCUGCGCGGCAUGAAGUCCUACUUCGCGGUCAACCAGAACCCGCUGCAAAGGAUUUGA